AUGCCGCCCAAAGACGAAGGCAAGAGCGAGGAGAAGCCGGUUCACCAUGAGUUGAAUCCGCAUAUCCCCGCGUUCAUGAUGAACGCGCCGUGGUAUAUGGAAGGUGCUGGUGAUGCGCUUGCGCACCAGCGCAAGCCGGACGACGGCAAGCACCAGGAGGCGGGCAUGAGCGACUGGUACAAGCGCGGCCUGACGGCCGGUCCUGCCGCGACGCGCUACCGCAAAGGCGCGUGCGAGAACUGCGGCGCGAUGUCGCACAAGACGCGCGACUGCCUGGAGCGUCCCCGGAAGCGUGGCGCGAAGUGGACCGGCAAAGACAUCCGGCCGGACGAGGUGGUCCAGUCGCUCGACAAAGACUUUAGCUUCGACGCGAAGCGCGACCGGUGGAACGGGUACGAUCCGUCGAUGCACAAAGAGGUCGUGCGCAAGUACGAGGCGAUCGAGCAGGAGCGCCACCGGCUGCGCGAAGAAGAGAUCGAUAACCAGACCGCCACGGAUCUGAACACCGCCAAGAAGAUCGCCAAGAAGGACAAGGCGCGCGAGCACGCGUCGGAUGACGACUUUGACAGCAGCAGCAGCGACGAGGAUGACGACAAGUACGCAGAAAAGGCCAGCAUGGUCGGCCAGGCGAUGGACGGCGACAAGCGCAGCACGGUGCGCAACCUGCGCAUCCGCGAGGACCGCGCCAAGUACCUGUACAACCUCAACACCGACUCGGCGUACUACGAUCCCAAGACACGCUCCAUGCGCGAGGUGCCGGUUGGUGACGGGGACGAGGCGUUUGAGCGUAGCAAGGGCGACCACGUCGAGAUGCAAAAGCUCCAGAUGUUUGCCUGGCAGAGCGAGUCGCGGGGCAACGCGAUACACAUGCAGGCCAACCCCACCGUGAACGAGAUGCAGUACAAAGAGUACCAGCAAAAGAAGGACAAGCACCUCGAAGAGACGCGCAGCAGCAUCCUCGAAAAGUACGGCGGCGAAGAGCACCUCAAGUCCCUGCCGAAAGAGCUGCUCGCGGGACAGACCGAGCACUACGUCGAGUACAGCCCCUCCGGCCAGGUAAUUAAGGGCCAGGCGCGCGCGACGCCGAAAUCGCGGUACGAGGAGGACGUCUUGGACACGAAUCACACCUCCGUCUGGGGGUCGUGGUACGACAUGAGCACGGGGGCAUGGGGGUACAAGUGCUGCCACAACACCGUGCACCGCUCGUACUGCACCGGCAAGGCAGGCAUCGAGGCCGCAAGCGCCGCGGCGGCGUCGCAGUCGUAG